AAGUAAAAAAAAGAAAAAAAUCGGUGAAGAAGUUUCCGCACAUCAUCAAUCCAGAAAGAAGAAUUAAACAAGACUUGAAUUUGAAGGCAAAAAAGAUCAAAACUUUGAUAGAAAUAAAUCGCAAUUGAAUCAAAAACGUUUCCUUUUUGUUCUUUUCAUUCAUAGUUUGAUUCUUCUUUUGAUUUCUCCGCACAACAAUUUUGCUGUGCGUUUUCCCAAUUCACUAUAUUGCAGCUAUGCGGAGCCACAUUGUGUGUAGUGGGUGUAGGAACAUGUUGCUUUACCCUAGAGGAGCAACCAAUGUUUGUUGUGCAUUGUGCAACACGAUUACUCCUGUUCUUCCUCCCGGAAUGGAAAUGUCGCAACUUUAUUGUGGAGGCUGUAGGACAUUGCUAAUGUACACACGCGGAGCUACCAGCGUGAGAUGUUCCUGCUGUAACACUAUAAAUCUUGUACCAGAUUCUAAUCAAAUGAGCCAUAUCCAUUGUGGGAACUGUCGAACAACACUCGUGUAUCCUUAUGGAGCUCCCUCGGUCAAAUGUGCAAUAUGUCACUAUAUUACUAAUGUCAGUAUGACCAAUGGAAGGCCACCGCUUCCUGCACAGCGACCUAAUGAAACAACCAGUUCAGAAACGUCAAGACCCCGCUUUGAGAGCCAAACUGUAGUAGUAGAAAAUCCUAUGUCCGUUGAUUCAAGUGGGAAAUUGGUAAGCAAUGUUGUCGUGGGUGUUACAACAGAGAAGAAGUGAUGAUACUUAAAGGUUGUUGGUUCCUUAAAAUAUUGUUGUGCAUGUGAUGUUUAGGCCUGCAAUGUUUGAAUUAAAGUCUAGACUCUUCUCCGACAAAGGUUUAGUCUGAUUUCAUGUAUUUGUAUGUAUUAUACAAGGUUGGAAAAGUAAAAAAAAAGAGCACAAAGCUUGUCAUUCAUGUGAUUGCUACAGCCUAUUUUUUGGCUUCAUUUGUAUCUAGAGCUAAAAUCAAAGGUGCUUUUGAUUUA